UAACGUCAGUUCGAACGACACGUACUCCAUAAAGCGAAUCUUUUGCCAAGAUCAAGAUCACUCCUACACCAAGAAGUGGACUAUUUACUCUCUGGGCAAGGCUAGGUAGAUACGCUAUGCAAUGACGAUAAAAUUGGUCGGGAGCUGGGAGGGACUACAUAAGACGUGCACCCAGGUGCAAGCAGGAAACCGAAAAUUCUUCGCUUUCUCAAUUUCGAUUGUAGCUCAAAUUCGUCGAAAUGGCUUCCCUGACAUUCCUCCUAGGUCUAUCCGCGGCCGUCACUCUUGCAGUGGGCCAAGAUUGUACAGCAGGCAAUGCUGUCAACUACAAUUUAAGAGAGGUCGGACAGCGCAACACGCUGGACUGGCGCAUGUGGUUGCAACGAGACAACACACCCAUCUCGUUCUGGCACGAUGUUCCUUUAUGGCCUAAUGAGACCAACAGGCGCGUGGUGAACAUGGUCGUCGAGAUCCCACGUUGGGUUGAUGGCAAGAUCGAAAUCAGUAGGGAUGAACCUCUAAAUCCAAUCUUUCAUGACAGUCGAAAUGACGCACCACGAUACGUGGAAAGUGUCUGGCCACACAAGUCCUAUCCGUUUCUCUACGGCUCCAUUCCACAGACCUGGGAAAGCCCUAACUUCAACCACUCUUUUACCGGGGAGCCUGGUGACAAUGACCCUGUUGACAUCUUUGACAUUGGUCAAGAUGCCGGUUACGUCGGCCAAAUCAAGCAGGCAAAGAUUCUUGGUGGUCUGGCAUUGAAUGAUGGUGGUGAAACCGACUGGAAGAUCAUCGCUGUGGAUGUCAACGAUCCUUUGGCUCCGUUGGUGAACUCAUAUGAGGACGUUGAAACGUAUAGGCCCGGCUUGCUGAAAGCUUACCGUGACUGGUUCACUUACUACAAGGUCGCCCGUGGAGACGGCCUGAUCGAAAUUGUUGAAGAUAACUACCAAAACGCCUCUUUCAUCCAGACGAUCCUUGAAGACAGCCACGACACCUGGCUUGAGCUGAUCAGGGGCGAGGUCGACUCCAACGAGAUCAACUAUAACCAGACAACCCGUCCAGGCGCAGGAGGUAGCUACGUUAACGCUUCUUCCACUGUCGAAGCAUUCGACAUCCCUCGAAGCAACACCAGUCAGCCUGCCGCGCAGAAGCCAGCGAGAUUUGAGGAGUGGUAUUACCUCAAUUGGGAUUUCAGCUUGGCCGAACUCCCAACUAGCAACGGCACCUGUUAG